AUGCAAGAAAAGCCGACAACGGUCGCCGCUUAUGCGGCCGGGGCCUCCCUCGCUGCCGUUGCUCUAUUCUACGUGUUCGGGCCCAAUUAUACAAUUGACGGAGACGAGUCAAAUGACAACAAUCGCAAGAAGAGCAUCGUAGGCCUGUCCAACCUGGCCAAUGACUGUUUCAUCAACUCGGUGCUGCAGGCUUUGGCUGGGCUGGGGGAUCUGCGGGUCUACCUAAUUCAUGAGAUGCACCGACGCCAGCUAGACGGACCGGAAAUCUACCAUGCAUUGCCGAGCGAAGAAGAGCUGACACUUGCGCGAUCGGACAAGCUGCGCGAGUUACAACAGGGGAUAACCACACAGGCAUUGAAAGAAAUGCUGGAUCGGUUGAACGAGCGGCCGAUCUACAAGAAGACAAUUUCGGCACGGAAUUUUAUCCAGGCCCUGGAAUACGCAUUCCGCACGCGCAUCAGUCGCAACCAACAGGAUGCCCAGGAAUUUCUGCAGAUUGUUCUCGAGCGACUUUGCGAUGAAUACCAUGCUGGGGCGCGCGCACGUCAACGAGCGCUGGAUGCCAUUGACGCAGCUGCUUCCAGCCCGGUAGAAGACGAGACCAACACACAAGAAAGCCCAUCCGAGGUGGAGGUUCGGAUCGAUGAUGGAUCCGUCAACGGAUUGCCGGCCAUCAUCGAUACAAAAUUGAAGGAACUUGACCAGGAGUCAGGGUUCCCGUUCGAAGGCAAAAUGGAAUCGCAGAUCGAGUGCCAGUUCUGCCAUUAUCAAUACAAGCCCAAUCAGACAGCAUUCGUUAACUUGACACUCCAGGUGCCACAGAAGAGCUCGACCACGCUGAACGCAUGCUUCGAUGGCCUCCUCAAGACAGAAUAUAUUGAAGAUUUCCGGUGUGAUCGAUGCCGCUUGCAGCAUACUGUGGAUGUUAAGACCAACGAACUAGCCCGUGUUCGCGCACAGGGUGACCGAGAUCGGUUAGAACAGGAAAUUUCGCGACUUCGUGAGGCUUUGGAAACGGAUCCCGAAGCCGAGCUGGAGGGAAUUGUAUUCCCUCCAUCAGAGACAAUCCCUAAGCGGAGGAUUGCACGGCAUAUGCGUAUCACCGCGUUCCCCAAAGUCAUUGCCAUCCAUCUAUCGCGAUCGAUCUUUGAUCAGAGCAGCUCAAGCAAGAAUGCGGCCAAGGUGUCGUUCCCCGAGCGGCUUCCUUUGGGAAGCAUCCUGAGCCAGAAGUGGUAUAAGCUGCUCGCUAUUGUGUGCCACAAAGGAAGCCACCACAGCGGACACUAUGAGUCCUUCCGCCGCAAUCAUAUCUACCCGCCAUUCUCUACGCCCGAGGUUUUCAGCUCCUAUGCUCAGAGUCGUACUGCUAGUCGGGACCCCUCUGCGGCACCCAGUCCUCGGAUUGUACCACGCAGCAGCCCCGAUCCGAAUGGCGACGGAAGCAUUUCGAGAGCGGGCUCAUCGACUUCGCUAUCCGGUGCCUCGGCUGAGGCCUCGGCUGAGACAUCUACAACCCAACUCUCCCCUCCUCAAGCGCGGCCUCCAACCUCUAGCUCGCGACGCUCUUUCCAGAGCACCAUCUCUCAAUCCUCCAAACAGACUUUAUCCCCUGUCUCUGAUAGCAACAGUCCGCCGACAGAACAGGGUCGAUGGAGUACCUCGUCUGGCCCGCGCCCCUCCCGCAGCCUACCCCGCCCUUCUCUGGACGCCCCGACGGUCAGUUCGCGGCUUCGGCGCCGUCGCAAGCCGAACGAUCGUUGGUGGCGCAUCUCCGAUGAGAAGAUUAAGGAGUGCAAGACCUCGGAUGUGUUGGGCAUGCAAAAGGAGGUCUACCUCUUGUUCUAUGAGCUGGAGAAGCCUGACACGAGCUCUACUGAGGGGCUAUAA